CGCAAGAAGAAAACCUAUAAGCCUUGUUUCCAGCAGAGGGUAGAGGCAGAGAGAGAGAGAGAGCAGCUUCUUCUUCUUCAUCAUCUUCAAAGCUCUCUCACAUGUGGAUUCCAAAUCCUUCUCUGCUUCUAUUUCCUCACAUUUCUCAACCAACAUUCUUCUUCUGACACUCACUAUCUUCAACUUUCCAUACCAAUGCUCUGCUUCCUUCCAGCGAGACAAAUAAAAUAAAAUCCAUCCUCACGGCCAACAUCAAGCACACCAAGUCACAAUCCGCCAUUAACGAUGCUUCCUCCUAACUUCUCCAACACCAUUCUCCUGCUCUGCCUCUUCUUCACACUUCUCGAAUCCACUAAAUCCCUAAAUCUCACUCUCCCUCACCAACACCCUUCCCCUGAUUCCGUCUCUCUCCAUGUCUUAAGUCAAAUCAAUGCAUCCCUCUCGCGGAGACAACUCAGCUCAUCGUCAUCGUCAUCGUCCACUUGCCGAACCGGAAACCCAAUCGACGAUUGCUGGCGAUGCGACACCUCCGACUGGUCAUCCAACCGGCAAAGACUCGCCGACUGCUCAAUCGGCUUCGGUCGCGGCACACUCGGAGGCAAAAACGGCCGGAUCUACGUCGUAACAGACUCCUCCGACAACAACCCAGCAAACCCAACUCAAGGCACACUCCGUUACGCCACAAUCCAAGAAGAGCCACUCUGGAUCGUCUUCUCCUCAAACAUGCUCAUCAAGCUUAAACAAGAGCUUAUAAUCAACAGCUACAAGACCAUAGACGGACGCGGAUCCGCCGUACACAUCACCGGAAACGGCUGCUUAACAAUCCAAUACGUGCAACACGUCAUCAUCCACAACAUCCACAUCUACGACUGUAAACCUUCCGGAGGAGCCAUCGUCGCCGCAAGUCCUACGAAAGCCGGGAAACGAGGUAGAUCCGACGGUGACGGGAUCUCCAUUUUCGGAUCUCAGAAGAUCUGGAUCGACCAUUGCUCCAUGAGCCAUUGCACUGACGGGCUUAUCGACGCGGUGAUGGGUUCAACGGCGAUUACCAUAUCGAACAAUUACUUCACGCACCACGACGAGGUUAUGCUGUUGGGUCACGACGACAACUACUCGCCGGAUACUGGGAUGAGGGUGACGAUUUGCGUUUAAUCAUUUUGGUCAGGGCUUGUUCAGAGGAUGCCGAGGUGUCGGAGAGGCUAUAUUCAUGUCGUCAACAAUGAUUUCACUUCUUGGAAGAUGUAUGCUAUUGGUGGUAGUGGUAAUCCCACCAUUAACAGUCAAGGGAAUCGUUACGCUGCUCCUUCUGAUCCUAGCGCCAAAGAGGUGACGAAGCGAGUGGAUUCGAAGGACGAUGGUGAGUGGGCGAAUUGGAAUUGGAGAACGGAAGGAGAUCUGAUGGAGAACGGAGCUUUCUUUGUGGCGUCUGGUCAAGAAAUGAGCUCAAUGUACUCUAAAGCUUCGAGUUUGGAGCCUAAAGCUGCUGCUCAAGUUGACCAGCUCACUCGAAACGCUGGCGUUUUUGGCGGUCCCAGGGAUGAUGAAGGUCAGAGUGGCGAUACUUAUACUGGGUAUGGAGGAGGAGGCGGCGAGGGUGGCGGCGGCGGCGUUAUCAGCGGUGGAGGGACGAGCGCGAUGGGCGGUACGACGAGAGGAAGCAGCAGCAGCAACAGUGAUGAUUUCUUUGGGAUGGUAUUCGGUAGCAACGCACCGCCUCCUCGACCACGUUUAACGUUAUUUUUUUCUUUGUUAAUGAUUUGUAUUUUGUCAUCAUCAACUCUAUUAUUGUGGUAGGCCGCAAGGGAUAACAAAUAGGAUUUGGACCCUUCAAAUUGAUUGGUUUUUGGUGUAAAGUAGCUCUUCAUUA